AUGGGCAGCUUCCAGCUGGAGGACUUCGCGGCGGGCUGGAUCGGAGGUGCAGCCAGUGUCAUCGUUGGCCACCCUCUAGACACAGUCAAGACUCUCCUGCAGGCCGGCGUCAACUAUGAGAACACCCUCAGCUGCAUCCGCACGGUGUACAGGAGGGAGAGUGUGUUCGGCUUCUUCAAGGGCAUGUCCUUUCCCCUUGCCAGCAUCGCUGUCUACAACUCGGUGGUCUUUGGGGUCUUCAGUAACACGCAGCGGUUCCUCAGCCAGCACCACGGCCGGGAGUCCGAGGCCAGCCGGUCCCGCACACUGUCUGACCUUCUCCUGGCCAGCAUGGUGGCCGGCGUGGUCUCCGUCGGGGUGGGGACGCCCGUGGACCUCAUCAAGAUCCGGCUGCAGAUGCAAACGCGGCCGUCUCAGGAAGCCAACCUUGGUUUGAAACCCAGGGCAGUGGCUCUUGGGGUGCAGCCCAUUUACCAGGGACCUGUGCAUUGCAUCGCAACCAUCGUGAGGACUGAGGGCCUGGCAGGGAUGUACCGGGGCGUUGGUGCCAUGCUGCUGAGGGAUGUCCCAGGCUACUGCCUCUACUUCAUCCCCUAUGUGUUCCUGAAUGAGUGGAUCACACCUGAGGCCUGCACGGGCCCCAGCCCCUGUGCCAUGUGGCUGGCCGGUGGCAUGGCAGGAGCAAUUUCUUGGGGGACGGCAACUCCUAUGGAUGUCGUGAAAAGUCGACUCCAAGCUGACGGGGUUUAUUUAAACAAAUACAAAGGUGUCCUGGAUUGUAUCUCCCAGAGUUACCAGAAGGAAGGUCUUAAAGUGUUUUUCAGAGGCAUCACGGUGAACACCGUGCGUGGCUUCCCCAUGAGCGCCACCAUGUUCCUUGGGUAUGAGCUUUCACUGAAGGCGAUCCGUGGGGACCACACCGUGCCCAGCCCCUGA